UUAAUUGUGUUACAAUUAUUCAAAUAAAACCUGAUCGAUAAUUAAUUGAUUCAUCGGGAUACUGUUAUAUGAAAAAAAAAAAAAACAAAAAAAAGAAAAAAAAAUAUUCUUUUUAUUAAAUUAAAAAAAGAAAAUGCGCGUUGCAAUCGUCGGAGCUGGUGUUAUCGGUUUGACGAGCGCAUUGGCGUUGAAAGAAACUUUUCCGAAAUAUCAAGUGACCAUUUUUUCCACAGUGUUUACACCAAAUACAACGGGUGAUGGUAGCGCAGGCCUAUGGGGACCAUUUUUACUCGGCGAUACCCCCAAAGAAGAUAUUUUCAAAUGGGCAGGAAAGACGCACCGUUUGUUUGAAAAAUUUUGGAGAACUGGCCUAGCCAAGGAAACUGGUCUAUGUCUUGUGCCGAUAACUCGUGUGACCAGUGAAAACGAUACGAACGAAACAGCAUGGUUUAAAUUGGUCUAUGGUAUUCAUUCUUUAACUACCGACGAAUUAAAAAAAUUGAACGAGGAACAUAAAAGCAAUUAUGUAAAUGGAUGGCAUUUCGUGACGUAUACCUGCGAGCCUACUCGUUUUUUACCUUGGCUAACGAACAAAUUUCUCGCAUUGGGUGGUGAAUUAAAGAGAAGAACUAUUCGUGACUUAGGUGAAUUGAUCGACGAUGGCUAUGAAAUUGUUAUAAAUUGCAGUGGUCUUGGAGCACGAGAACUUGUCAAUGACGACACUGUCACAGCAGUGAGAGGUCAAGUUUCUAGGGUAAAAGCACCAUGGGUGAUGCAUUCUUUCCUAGUGGACGAUAACGAUUGCUAUUACGUUAUACCAAAUACAAACACCGUCGUCUUAGGAGGUACUCAUCAAGAAGGGGAUUACGAUCUCAAAGUACGAGAAAAGGACACAAAAUUCAUUUACGAAGGAUGUCAUCGUAUUCUUCCAUCUUUAAAGAAAGCUGAGAUAUUAAGAUCAUGGGUCGGCCUUCGACCUGGAAGACCAAAAGUUCGUUUGGAAGCAGAGAUUUUAGAGUCCAAAACAAACGGUAAAAAGUGUCACGUGAUACAUAAUUACGGUCAUGGUGGUGCCGGUCUUACUUUGAGCUGGGGAUGUGCAUUGGACGUCGUUGAAAUUGUUCAAAGUAUCGAUCGAAAUGGAAUACAACAUUCGAAAUUGUAAUUUCAUUAAAAAGAAAGUAUAGUCGCUAACGUGCACGAUAGAAAUUUGUUAUAAAUUUUAUAAGAAGAAA